AUGCCUUUGGUGGCUUGCAGCUGCGUCGGCCAUUUUUGCCCCCUGGAGAGCGACGCCACGGUCAAGGGCGGCGACGUCGUCAAGAUAGAUCUGGGCUGCCACAUCGACGGAUUCAUCGCCGUGCAGGCGCAGACGAUCGUCGUCCAGCCUGAGUUCGCGGCUCCAAUCACAGGCAGGGCUGCCGACGUGAUCGCCGCCGCGCAGACCUGCUUUGAGGCCGCCCUGAGGCUCGUGCGGCCGGGCAGGCGCGUGUCCGACGUGCCCGGGCCGCUGCAGACGAUCGCCGAGUGCUUCGGCUGCAGCCUGGUGGACGGCGUCAUGACGCACCAGCUGAAGCGCUUCGUGAUCGACGGCAACAAGUGCGUGCUCAACAGGCCCAGCCCGGACACCAAGGUGGAGGACGGGGAGUUUGAGGUCAAUGAGGUCUACGCCAUCGACAUCGUGGUCAGCACGGGCGACGGCAAGACGCGGAUCCUGGACGAGAAGGAGACCACCAUCUACAAGAGGGCGCUGGACAUGGAGUACCACCUGAAGAUGAAGGCUUCCAGGACGGUGUUUGGGGAGAUCAACAAGCGGUUCCCCACGAUGCCUUUCACGGUGGGCGCGCUGUCGGACCCGCGGACCAUGCGGCUGGGCCUGGUGGAGUGCCUGAACCAUGGCCUGCUGCACCCGUACCCCGUGAUGUACGAGAGGAAUGGGGAGCUGGUGGCCCAGGUGAAGGCCACGGUGCUGCUGAUGCCCAACGGGUCGGACAGGGUCACGGUGGCGCCCCAGCAGGUGGUGCAGUCCGAAAAGAAGAUAGAAGACGCGGAGGUCCUGGAGGUGCUGAAGAGCGGGUACAAGACCAAGAAGAAGAAGAAGGGCGGCAAGAAAGGGGCCGGCGAGGAGGGGACGGGCCAGGCAGCAGCCACUUCAGGGGCAUGA